GAUGGAUGAAGAUGUCCAACGAUAACUGAUUAAUACAUAACUCUUAUAACUAAAAGGUCAAUGGAAGUGACCAUCUAGAAAAAAAAGCGUUAACAUGUCAUCAUUAGGCUUAGGAUUUGACAAAUUAUCUUCUGAACAUGUUUCUCUAUCAUCAUCAUCAUCCGCAUCAGUAUCAGAAUCAGCAUCUUUAUCAUCCCCACCAAAUUCAACGACAACAUUGAUAUUAAACUUAACCAAUUUAACGUUAACCGCAAGUGACCUACUCGAUAAGAUUAAUUUAACUUUCUCCGAUCUGGUUGAUAUUGCCUAUGGCAUAAAAGUGCUCGAACCAAGUGUAAAUCUAUCAUCAAUAUUACCUUGUUGGACAUCAUCUUCCUCUACACCAUCAUCAUCAUCAUCAUCAUCAUCCUCAUCCUCAUUAUCGUCUUCCUUUUCUACUUCAUCUUCUUUAGCCUUGAAUAAUCAAUUUCGUCCAAUUUCAAAUGUAUCUUCGAUCAAUUAUCUUCCACCCGAACUGGACAAUUGUGCAUCAGUGAUUUACAAUUUUUCUUCUUAUUUGAUGGACAAUGAGUUAAAUCUAAUAAAUUAUAAUAAUAUUGCAAAUAGAAUUGAUAAUCCACCAUCAAUAUCAACACCACCUCUUGUCCAUCACCAUCAUCAUUCAGUUGAGGGUGAUAAUAGUUCCCUUUGGCCUAAAGAUGAUACUAUCAAAUCAGAUAAAGUUUACUGGGCUUUAUGUCUUGUUUUACUCCCAUUUCUUGCCGUUUUUGGUAACAUUCUGGUCAUUCUUGCUGUUUACAAGGAGAAAUCCCUUCAAACUGUGACCAAUUAUUUUAUCGUUAGUCUUGCAUUUGCUGAUCUUCUUGUUGCUGGAGUUGUUAUGCCUUUUGCUGUCUAUUAUUUGAUUAAUGUUGAUUGGGAAUUAAGUGAAACCCUUUGUGAUUUAUGGGUGGCUGUUGAUGUUACCUGUAGUACAGCUUCAAUCCUUAAUCUGGUUGCAAUUAGUAUCGACAGGUUCAUUGCUGUAACUCGACCAAUUAAAUAUGCUAAACAUAAAAGUAACACCAGAGUCUCGUUGACCAUUGCAAUUGUUUGGAUUGUAUCGGCGGCCAUUGGUUCACCGAUCGUUUUUGGCCUCAACACUUCACCCGAACGUAAACCUGAACUUUGUAUUUUCUACAAUUCAGAUUUUAUCAUCUUCUCAUCUUUAGGAUCUUUUUAUAUUCCAUGUGUUCUCAUGGUUUUCCUUUAUUAUAAAAUAUUCAAAGCGAUUCACGAUCGAGCCAAAAAGUCCAUAGGUAAUAAUAAGAAUAAGCCAAUUAGUUCAACGGAUUCAUCGCACACGGUGUUGGUCAUUGAGAAUAAAAGUGAAACCGCUAAGCUUAAAGAACGAACUGGUUUCCUUGGAAGGAAACGAACCAAUAGUUCAAAUAAUUCAUCUUUCAUGUCGACCAAUCAAUCAGUUAGUAGUUGUGGUGGUGGUACAAUAGGACCAGUUUUAUGUAACAAUUUAGCGACUUCUCAACAAUUACAUCACCAUCACUCUCAGCAAAUCGGUAAUUCUGGUGUUGAACGGAAAUCACCGUUACCCAAAAUUAUGGAAACUGAAAGUUUAACCAAUAAUGGUAGUGGAUCUAUUGAAGAUGAUGAUGAUGAUGAUCGGGAAUUGGAUAUAACUGGAUGUUCGGGUGGUGUAUCGGGUUCACUUGAGUGUCACAUAAUUGCCAAUAAACAGACUGUUCUUAAUGAUGAUUCUUAUGUAAAGAAAAAUGUUCAAAAUUUAUCCUUUCAUUCAGAUUCUCAACAGAAUGAGGUUGAUGAUGAUGACGAUGAUGAGGAAGAAGAUGAUGAUGAUGAUUAUCGUGGUCCAUCUUCCUGUGAUUUGGAAAAUACUGGAACAUUAAAACACAGGAAUUAUCAUGGGAACGCUGAUUCAGGUUAUGGACCUUCAGCUUUCGAGGAGACUCCUUUUUGUGUUUACAAUCCAACAGCUGAGACACUUUCGUCUCAACCAUCAUCACCGACAAUCAUCAAGAAUAAGAUAAUAACAAGCACAGAAAUAGUUGAAGGUGGAGGUGGCAGUUUUGGUGCUAUUGGUACUUCCUCGUCAUCUUCCGGUGGAUGCGGUGAAAGUCAGGAGUUAAAUAACAACAAUGAUGAGCCAAACAUUGAUAGUAAAAGUAACAAGAAAAAUAGUAGAUUCAAUAAAUUGCUAAAUCGAAGUGGCCAAUUAAACGAAAACGGGUUAACAGUAAAACAGGGUCAACCACAACACCAACAGCAAAUGCAUCAACAACAACAACAGCAACAACAACCAGUUAAGAAGCGAUCACGUUUCAAUUUGGGGCGAAAACACAAAACGAGUGCUAAGCGUCGGGAAAAAGCUUCAGCUAAACGGGAAAGAAAAGCAACCAAAACACUGGCCAUUGUUCUAGGUGUUUUCCUAAUUUGUUGGGCACCAUUUUUUACGUGUAAUAUAAUUGACGCUGUUUGUAUAAAAUUAAAAGCCGAUGAUGAUUGUAAACCCGGUAUGAAUGCCUUCCUGUUGACAACUUGGCUUGGUUACAUGAAUUCUUGUGUUAAUCCAGUCAUUUACACCAUAUUUAAUCCUGAAUUUCGUAAAGCAUUUAAAAAGAUUAUCAAAUCAACCUUCUCACUAAGGUGACAAUGGAUAUGGUCUUAUUAUUGUCCAAUGACCAAGAGUAAUCACAUCAACGUAAUCCAAUAGCCUUUGAUGAGUAUCAAUGGUCAACAUCUUGAAUCGCAACGAUUUCCAAUCAAUCCUGGAAGAGAAAGAAAUAAGAUUAUUAUUUAAGCUAUUAAUUGUUUCUGAUUUAUAAGAAAAAUAUAUAUAUAAUAUAAUAUAUACGUGUUUACAAUUUAAAUUAGUGAUAUAAAAUAACUUACAAUCUCACUACCAUCAAAAAGUUAUUCAAUGAUAUUGCAAUUGAAUUUAAUCACCAGUUUUUUUUAUCCAUUACUGUUGACAAUUAAUCAAUUAAACAGUGGGUAUAAUCAAGUGGUUAUGCAGAUAAUAAUACCCUGUAAAUUAAUUGAAAAUCUUAAAUAUUUCAAGUAAAUAAACAAAAAUAUUGGUUAACCUUUUAA